AUGGGUUGCUGCCAUUCCAGAAUAGAGAGAGAAGAAACUGUGUCACAAUGCAAGGCCAGGAAGCGUUACAUGAAACAGUUUGUGCAAGCAAGACACGCUUUUUCUGCUGCGCAUGUUAUGUACAUUCGGUCUCUUCGUGCAACUGGCUCUGCUUUGUUUCAGUUUGCAAAUGCUGAAACCGCCGUCAACCACCACCACUACCACCACUACCACCACCACCAUAACCACCAUCUUCCUCCGGAGCCUCAGCCCAUUCUCCCUUCACCGCCGCCGCGAACCCCGACCCCAAUGCCACCUCCUCCGCCGCCUCCGAUGAGUCCAAGUUCAGAUACUUGGACAUCGGUGACUGCCUCCCCCGCUCUUCCUCCGCCGCCGCCACCUCCGCCGCCGAUGUCUUCCUCCGCCUGGGAUUUCUGGGACCCGUUCAUGCAGGCCCCACCUCCUCCGCCUUCAAGGUCCGCGACAGAGGAAGAGUGGGAAGCGACGACCACCACGGGUUCUGAGGUGGUGGUCUGUGUGUGUGGUGUGACGGCUCCGCCGUCUGUGAUUAGCAGGUUUUCCAAGCAAACCCCUAGUGAGCUUGCAAUGGUGGUGUCAAGGAACACCAAAGAUCUGGUUGAAGUUAUCAAAGAGCUUGAUGACUAUUUUCUCAAAGCUGCUGAUGCUGGUGCUCAUGUCUCGUUGCUUCUAGAAGUUCCAAGCUCUGGCUUUUCUGAUCAAAGUAAAGCAAGUAAAGUGUACAGCUAUGGAUGGAGUCUGAGUCCAUCGUUGUGGGCAUGGGGUUCGAGUCCAAAACUGAACGGAUUUGGCAAGCUGGCUGAGGGAACUCCGGUUUCUGUUGGUAAUUUUGGGGCUAAUGGUGUUGGAAGUGGUGGCCAUUGCUCCACUGUGGAGAGGCUAUAUGCGUGGGAGAAGAAAUUGUACCAAGAGGUCAAGAAUGCUAAGACUAUAAAGAUGGAGCAUGAGAAGAAGGUGGCACUGCUAAGGAAGCUAGAGAUGAAGAGGGCUGACUAUGUGAAGACAGAGAAGACAAAGAAAGAGGUCGAGAAAACAGAAUCACAAAUGAUGGUUGCUUCCCAGGCCAUCGAUAGUACAUCUGCUGAAAUAAUCAAAUUAAGGGAGAUAGAGCUCUACCCUCAACUCAUUGAGCUUGUCAAAGGAUUGAUGUGCAUGUGGAGAAGCAUGUACGAGUGCCAUCAAGUCCAAAAGCACAUAGUUCAGCAGCUGGAAUACAUCAACACUAUACCAUCAAAUAACCCAACAUCUGAGAUUCAUAGACAAUCAACUCUUCAGCUGGAGCUUGAAGUACAACAAUGGCACCAAUCCUUCUGCAACCUCUUCAAGGCCCACAGGGAUUAUAUCCAAUCCCUCACAAGUUGGCUAAGGCUUAGCCUUUUCCAGUUUAACCGAAACCCUUUGAACAGAACCACUGAGGAGUCAAAGAUAUACUCCCUCUGUGAAGAAUGGCACCUUGCUGUUGACCGUAUUCCAGACAAGGUGGCAUCUGAAGGAAUCAAAAGCUUGUUGACAGUGAUUCAUGCCAUUGUAGUGCAACAGACAGAGGAGCAUAAACAAAAGAAGAAGUCAGAUUCUGCAUUUAAAGAGCUUGAGAAGAAGGUGGUUCAACUUCGAUCCUUGGAGUGCAAAUAUGGUCCAUACUCCAUGCGAGAAUCCUCUGGCACCAUGCGAAACAAGGACCCCGUCGCCGAGAAGCGUGCUAAGGUGGAAGCUUUGAGAGCAAAGGCAGAGGAAGAGAAGACCAAACAUGAGAAGUUAGUGAGUGUAACACGGGCAAUGACACUGAAUAACCUGCAAAUGGGUUGCCCACAUGUUUUUCAAGGGAUUGUUGGGUUUUCAAGUGUGUGCAUGGAGGUUUUUGAGUCGGUACACAACAAAGCCAAAGUUAUUGAGCAGGAGCAUGACGAUUACGUGCCAACUGUUUUUGACAAUUUCAGCGCAAAUGUGGUUGUCAAUGGAAGCAUUGUUAAUCUGGGUUUGUGGGAUACUGCUGGACAAGAGGAUUAUAAUAGAUUAAGACCUUUGAGUUACCGUGGUGCCGAUGUUUUCAUACUUGCUUUCUCUCUCAUAAGCAAGGCCAGUUAUGAAAAUGUCUCCAAAAAGUGGAUUCCAGAGUUGAAGCAUUAUGCACCUGGUGUCCCCAUAAUUCUAGUUGGCACAAAGCUUGACCUUCGGGAUGAUAAGCAGUUCUGCAUAGACCAUCCUGGUGCCGUGCCCAUUACCACAGCUCAGGGUGAAGAGCUUAGGAAGCUGAUUAAUGCACCCUUUUACAUUGAAUGCAGUUCAAAAACACAGGAGAACGUGAAAGCAGUCUUUGAUGCAGCCAUAAGAGUUGUCCUUCAACCACCCAAGCAGAAGAAAAAGAAGAGUAAAGCACAAAAAGCCUGUUCAAUAUUGUGAUUCACUAGGUGUAAACAUUUGACUGCCCUUUGUUCUACCUGUAUUCCCCUCUCCUUCCUUUUCAUUUCUUUGCUAUUGAAGAAGUUGUCUAUCUGGGUGUUCGCCAGACAAAUACUCUAGAUCUUGAAGCAUAAGCUGGUUUAAUGCUUUGCUUUCUUUGAAUCAUUGUCAACUUUAAUAGUCAAAUUUGCAUUUCAUGGUUCCAACCUUUUUCUCAUAACUUCCGAUUUGAUUUAUGUAUUAAUAGACUGGAUUACUGGAAUAUCCCAAGUUAGGAUAACG